GCCAUCGGGUGCCUGCGUCAGGGAUUUAAGGAAUUUCGAACAAGAUACAGGCUUUUUUUUCUGGGAAUACUCUGCUGUCCUGGGAUCGAGGGUGGAGGAGGGAGAGAUUUUUGGAUUGUUCAGGAGCCCUGCCAUGUGGAUGAAUCACAUAAACAGGAAGGAAAGGAGAAUGAUGCCAGGACAUUUGGAUUGUCUGUGAGCAGGCUGUACCGAGUGACUUGUGUGGGACUUUCCGUGGGCGCAAAGGAGAAAGUGGCCGAGGGCCUUUGGGCGAAUUUACUUCAGUUUAGGAGAGUGGUGUUUACUCGCCGACACGUUGUUGACACACACACACCGGUUUUGCCCAUCCGGUAUCCUAAGUGUAUUGGAGGUUCACAACACACUAGCUCUGGAAGUAAACCAAAUCAAACGCUCGCUGCUGUGUCGUGACGGUAGAAGACAAGAGUGCUGGAAUAUUGCGCUGACAUUGCCUGUACAGCGAUGCGAAACAUCAACACCGGAAGUGAAUUUCCACCACCAUGGGCACAUUCUGGAAGACAUUUCCGAUUGUCAUCUGCUUCUUCCUGGAAAUCUUCAAAGGGCCUCAGCUGGCUCAGUGCCAACAGAUACCUGAUGUUUACCCCAACCAAGAUGAAAUAGAAGUUGCUCUCCAUUCAACAUUCAACCUGAAGUGUUUGGGGGAGAAUGAAGUGGCUUGGGAGUUGCCUUUUAAAGACGCUGCACAGAAUGUCAUUAAAAAAAAUGAAAGCAACAAUAGUGGGAGCUUUGUACAAACACUUGAAGUCCAAAAAGCAACAGGAAUCCACACUGGGAUGUACAUCUGCUACUACCCAGCACUUUAUUCCGAUGACGAUGAGAUUGAAGGCCGCGACAUAUAUGUUUUUGUUCCAGAUCCAGACCAUCCCUUUGUUCCACAAUUGAACUUUGAAAAUAUAGUAAUAGUAGCAGAGGGUGAAGUUGCUGUGAUUCCAUGUCGAGUGUCCGAUCCAAAUCUGCAAGUCACCUUGACGAAUCUUGAUACCGUGAACACAAUCUCUGCUACCUAUGAUAAUAAAGAAGGAUUCAGAGGGCUGUUCAAGGAGGGGACGUAUAUCUGUGUCACAACAGUCAAUGGUGUGAAACACGAAUCAGAAGAGUACAUUGUUAAUACAUUUAAAGUGGCAAAGGAUUUGAAAGUUGAAAUAGAAGCUUUAAAAAACAUAGUUAAAGUGGGAGAAAGCAUUCUUGUUACUUGUAAAGUAGUGGAUAAUGAAGUGGUGACCAUCAACUGGAAUUACCCAGGAAAAAACAAGGGAAAGGAAGAUCUCAAGGAAGUAAAACAACCAUCCAUAAUAAUUACAAAGACCCUUGAAAUUGAGGAAGCCACAUUGGAAGAUACUGGAACCUAUGAAUGUUCUGUGUCACAUGCAACUCAAGCAACCUAUAGAAAAAAACACGUUUACAUCGAAGUUAGAGAGAACGGAUUUAUACAUUUGGAUCCCAGAUUUGGAACAGAAGAAUUUGCAGAUCUACAUGAAGUCAAGCAGUUUGUGGUCAACAUUGAGGCCUACCCAGCACCCACUGUUCAGUGGCUGAAGAACAAUGUUACCCUGCAUGAGGAUAACAAUGAAGUGAUCAUUAACACAGUAAAUAUCCAGAAAAUCAGGUAUCAAAGUAAUCUAACCCUGAUUCGUGCAAAGAAACAAGACAGUGGAAUGUACAGUAUUAUUGUUGAAAAUGAAGAUAAUUGUACCAUUUUUACCUUCUUCUUGCAGGUGAAAGUGCCAGCAAAGAUCAUCAAUCUUGUUGACCUGCACCAUGGCUCUGCGAAUGGGCAGAUUGUUUCAUGUUCUGCAGAUGGGACACCCAGCCCAGAGGUCGAGUGGCUAAUUUGUACAGAUCUAAAAAAGUGUGCCAAUGACUCAAUGCUGUGGAAUGUCCUCCACAGCAAUUCGAGUGAUAUAAGUAUUGAGACUCAUCAGACGAAGAAAAACACUGUGGAGAGCAAACUGACAUUUCAGAAAGUGGAUAAUACGAUGGCCGUGAAAUGUAUUGCAAAGAAUGAACUUGCAGUUGUUGCGCGUGAAGUCAAACUGGUGGCUCACAAUUUACACUCUGAGUUGACUGUGGCUGCGGCAGUCUUGGUGCUGCUGGUGAUCGUGAUCAUUUCCUUGAUAGUACUUGUUGUAGUUUGGAAACAGAAACCAAGGUAUGAAAUACGUUGGAGAGUCAUUGAAUCCAUAAGUCCAGAUGGCCAUGAAUAUAUUUAUGUUGAUCCCAUGCAACUUCCCUAUGAUACAAGAUGGGAGUUCCCUAGGGAUGGACUUGUCCUUGGGCGCAUUCUUGGUUCUGGGGCAUUCGGAAAGGUGGUUGAAGGAACUGCAUAUGGUUUAAGUCGCUCACAGCCUGUGAUGAAAGUCGCAGUGAAAAUGCUAAAGCCAACUGCUCGUUCCAGUGAGAAGCAGGCUUUGAUGUCAGAGCUGAAGAUAAUGACUCAUCUCGGUCCACAUUUAAACAUUGUUAAUCUGCUCGGGGCUUGUACAAAAGCAGGUCCCAUUUACAUCAUUACUGAAUACUGUUUCUAUGGUGAUCUGGUCAACUACCUGCAUAAAAACAGGGACAGCUUUAUAAGUCGAUAUUCAGAAAAAGGAAAGAAAGAAGUGGAUAUUUUCGGUAUAAACCCUGCUGAUGAAAGCACACGAAGUUAUGUGAUCCUGUCUUUUGAGAGCAAUGGGGACUACAUGGAUAUGAAACAAGCAGAAAGCACCCAGUAUGUGCCAAUGUUGGAAAGGAAAUCCAGCUUCAAGUACACUGACAUCCAGCAGCACAUGUAUGAUCAUCCACCAUCGCAGAAAAAGAAGUCCUUGACAGAAACAACAGAAUCUUGGAAUCCCCUUUUGGAUGACAGUUCGGAGGGGCUUUCUUUCAUGGAUCUAAUCAGCUUUACCUUUCAAGUUGCACAAGGAAUGGAGUUUCUGGCUUCUAAAAAUUGUGUGCAUCGUGAUUUGGCAGCACGUAAUGUUCUUCUGGCUCAAGGAAAGAUUGUCAAGAUCUGUGACUUUGGCCUGGCACGAGACAUCAUGCAUGAUUCCAACUAUGUUUCUAAAGGCAAUACAUUCCUACCAGUGAAGUGGAUGGCUCCUGAGAGCAUAUUUGACAACUUGUACACUACUCUCAGUGAUGUCUGGUCCUAUGGCAUUCUUCUUUGGGAAAUAUUCUCUUUGGGUGGUACACCAUAUCCAGGAAUGAUGGUUGACUCCAACUUUUAUAAUAAGAUCAAGAGUGGGUACAGGAUGACAAAACCAGAACAUGCUUCUUCAGAUGUCUAUGACCUGAUGGUGAAAUGCUGGAACAGUGAGCCUGAGAAAAGGCCUUCCUUUACACGCCUGGCUGAAAUUAUUGGUGGUUUAUUACCAGAAGCCUACAAGAAGAGCUACAAGCAGAUGAAUGAUGAUUUUCUGAAGAGUGACCAUCCAGCUGUUGCUCGCAUGCGGGCAGAAUCCACCGAUCCUUAUAUUGGAGUUAACUACAACAAUGAAAAUAAAAAGAAAGACCGGGAGAGUGGAUUUGAUGAGCAACGGUUAAGUGCUGACAGUGGCUACAUCAUCCCACUGCCUGAUAUUGACCCAGUCACAGACAAUGACCCUAGUUCUUCAAGGAACCGCCAUAGUUCCCAGACAUCUGAAGAAAGUGCAAUAGAGACCGGUUCCAGCAGCUCUACCUUUAUAAAGCGAGAAGAUGAAACCAUUGAAGAUAUGGAAAUGAUGGAUGAUGUAGCAAUUGAUCCUUCAGACUUAGUGGAGGACAGCUUCCUGUAACCAGCUUUAUUGUGGGAAAAUAAACUUGCCCUAUUCUAGACAUGACCUUCUCGAUAACCACUUACUGAGGCAUGCCCAAGCAGAGAAGCUUGAGGAGGGAAUUUGAUGGUACUUCUGAAAGUGAGGCCAAAUUGGAAGGAUAUCCUGGGACCAAGAUAUGAUUUGUAUUAUAGUACAUAUCAUAUGUCUAUUUCAGUGCAUUAUUUUUCUAUUACGGUACACUCUACAGUGUUUAUUUCAGGGUGUAUACCCACUGCUAUUCCUCUGGACUAAACAUAAUGCUAAACAGAGUUGUGUGUUUCAAAGACUUUGCUUCAUCAUAAAUGGUCCUAUAUCUGGAUAUUUGAUCACAUUUAUCAGACUGCUUCAUAUGCACAUAAUGAUAACCAUUAUUAAGAAUGUAUGCUGUGUACUUAAUGUUGUACCAUAUCAUUUAUAUCUACAUCAAUAGAUAGACAAUGACUUUGUCAUUCUCCAGGUGGGUUACAAUCAGUUGUUUGUCAUUGUUUUCAGAUACCAAUGCACAUCUUCACUUAAACAGGCAUUCUUUUUAGUGCUUACUUUCUAAUUACAAAGGACUUCUAUUUUUUGCAAAGCACAAUUUUUUGGGAGUAACUACCUGUAAAGAAUGCACUGCAUCUAUGCAAGAUCCUACACUUGAAUAUUUCAAAUAUUUGUGUAAACUCAUGAAAACAUUACAGACGUGAACUACAACCUACAUUGAAAAGCUAAGAACUUGGAAUCCACAGUUAUAACUCAGUUUGUGGACUGAGCCAACAUAUCAACUGACUUGUUUGUCGUUGCAACCUUUUGGAAAUCAAAGGAUUUGCAGAGCAUGGAAAACUGGUAUAUUUGAGCCAGCUGUAAAUGACCUGGUGAAUUGUGGCAAAGACAUGCCAACGGUUAUGAAGAGGAGUUACUGAAGAAAGUUCUCUUCAAAGUGAACUAAAAGGAAAAGCAAGCCGUUUCUUUUGAGCCAGGAUUUGAAGGAUGAAUCUGGUCGUGGAGAGCCUUGGUUAAAUAGUAAACAAAUUAUAACAUUUCUUUAUGGGCCAAAUACCACAAAUACUUCUGAAGUUUAAGGAGGAUGCCAUAAAGCACAGAAUUCCAUUAUGUAAAUAUUGUAAAUUCAGUCUUACUAAUGUGCUGAAAGUCAAUUCAGUUUGAGGUAUCUUAAUUCAUUAAUUGAAGUGAUGAUAUGAUAUUAAAUUGAACUUGGCUAUCAUCAAUAAGGGAAGGACCCUUUACAUUUUCUGAGAUCCCAGGCUGGAGGAUUGAAAUGUUUUACAAAACUGAUGUCUUUACCAUACAUUAAGGAUCAGCUUUGUACUGAACGAAUCAGUAGUGACGAAUUCUAUUGUAUGGUUUUCUUGUGCUAAAGAACAUUAACAUGUAUCAUUUAAUGGAAGUAGCUGGCUUAAAAAUUGCUGCUUGAAUUUGAUAACUAGUCAAUAUACUAUUUGCUAACAUUUGCAAACAGUAGAUACCUGACACAAUGGAGUCAUUGAUUACUUUUAUGAAAGUAAGCAAAUGUCUUUAUAAAUCAUUCAUAAUCUGGAUUAAGUUUUCUGAUUUUUUUUCUGUAUAUGUGUGUGUGUAUAUAUAUAUUUAUAUACACACACAGACACAAAAUUAUCAUAAAACCUUCCAGGGAUGGUAUUAGUUAAAAACUUCUGAAAAAAAUGUUGAGAACUCAAACUACUAGCAACAUUAACUUAGCUACUUCCUAAACUAUCAAUGCAAAACUUUAAGCACAUGGUUAAAGGUGAACACAGAAAAUGCUGGAAAUAGUCAGCAAGUCAGGCCACAUCUGUGGGAAAGGAAAUGAAGUUAAUGUUUCAUGUGGAAGACCCUUCAUCAGACCCUGGAAAGAGAGAAAUGAAGCUGGUUAGGCAGCUGAGAGGGAAUGUCUGUGACAGGGUAAAACCUAGACGACCAUGGGGCUAAACUGUAAACAAACAUGUCUGAUCACUGAGUGAAUGGGAGCAGUUAGAGAGAGAGAACAGACAAAAAUACACGCACACACAAAAGAAUGUAGGAGUUAUGAAAUGCAAAUAUAGAAUAUCUGACAGGACAGGUUGGGAAUAACUUCCACUCACAGAGGGGUACAAAAGAAAAAUAAGGGAAAAAACAACAAAGAGGUUAAGCCAAUGCCACAGGUGGACUGAAUGAUACAAAGAAAUCAAGCUACCUGAAGCUGUAGAAUUGUUCUAUCCUCAUUUCCAUCUGUUCCUGCUCUGCAUUUUGUACCUCCUACAGUCUUUUGUCUGUGUUCUCAUGCCCUUGUUUAUAUUAUCACCAUGAUCACCCUAGAUUGACUCUUUCAGAGACCUACCCUCACUGCAGCUUUAUGAGCUCCUUUCUUUCCCAAUAUGAUGAAGCUGUUCAACCUGAACCAUUGACUCUGUUUAAUCUUCUCUUAUAGACAGCCUGAUAUGCUCAGUAAGUCAAGCAUUUUCUUGUUUAUAAUUCAAAUUUAGAGCAAGUUCCAUUUAAAAAAAUCAUUAACUAAUAAGUUUUCCCACCUGGAUGACAUCAUUUAAAUAUUGUCAUUGAGAUGGGCUUGGAGCCUAGUAGGGACCAGUUUGGAUGUUGUUUGGCUUAUUUCUGACUCAGUGAAGACCACAUUUGUGCUUGUAUUUUUGAUUGAGCAAAGUGCAUUACUGAGCCUCUCUGCUCCAAGCUAUUAGCUGUUAAGGCAUUAACAUAUUAUACAUUCCAUGGCACAUUGCAGUAGCUGUAUAGAGUAAUAUUAGAAAAUAUGUAUGAAGAGAAACUGAUUACAAACCACUUUUUCAAUUGCUUUCCAUUGGUAAGUAUUUUGUCCUGAUAUUGGUAAUACUACAUACUAUUUCCUGCUCAAAUCAAUAUUAGAGAUCAUAAAACACUCCAUAUCUAACAAUAAAACAAGAACAAACAUAUUAAGAGACUAUUGAAAUUCAUGAAAAUUCAUUUUCUAUAAAAUGUAUGAUAAAAUGUAAAGAAAAUAUUAAGUAACUUUGCAGGCUAAUAUGUUCAGUGUUUCCAUUCAGAGAUGGAUUUCAAAUAUUAAAUGAACAAGCUAAUGAGGCAGAUCAAAAUGAUGUAGCAUUGUCUAGGAAUCAUGACUUUUUCUUUGAAUGGUUUGAAUGUUGAAUAUUAUCCAAUGGUUCUACAAAGUUACCAGGCACAUUGGAUAUAUAUGAUGAUGUUAUACAUCAUUUCUGUAUAUAUAUACAUAUAUAUAUGUGUAUUUCAGUGUAGUCAAAUGAGUUACUGCCAUACAUUUAUGAAUAGCUGUAUCACUGCCUAUGUUUAUAUUUUUGACUGUGAUGUUAGCCACAGAAACGUUACAUGUUGCACUUUUGAAUGUCCUAAAAGUUAUAUUUUAAAAUGUAAAAAAAACGAGAUGAUUUCAAAGGGAUUGAAUUGUUAAUGUGUAUCUGGAUGCGUAUGUGGGUUGAAGUUUCAAACAUUUUAUUAUGACAAAAUUACGCAGUUUUAAAUACUUUUUUUAAAAAGAAUUACUUUAUGUUACAUCAAAUACACAUUGUCUAAACCAGAAUUUCUAUUUCAAUAAAUUCAGAUGAAUUUAGUGACUGAGAUUGGAUUAUCCUUCCCUCAUUUCUUUUUACAAAAUUGGAUUUAUUGUCAUGUGCUCAGCUGCAAUGAAAAAAAAAACUUGAAGCAGCAUCAUAAGUGCAACCAUUGUCUGUGGAUCUCAUAGGUGAGAUCCUUAGGUGUUGUUGGAGCUCCAGUCAUCCAUGCAGGUGCAUUGUAUUUUGUCACACUUCUGCCCGUGGCUUAUAGAUGGUGGAAAGUUUUGGGGAGUUGAGAGCUGAGUAAUUCACCUCAGUAAAUCUGUUCUCUAACUGGCUUAAGUAGCUAGAUUACUUAUGUGGGGCAUUUCAAUGGUGCUUUGAAUGUUGAUGCUGAGUCCUUGGUGAAAUUAAUGCUACUGAAUAUCAAGGAAUUAGUUGGUCUUUUGCUAGAGAUGGUUAUUGCCUAGCACUUGUAAUUUCUGAAUAUAACUUGUCACUUAUCACCUGAUAUCUUAAUUUAUCCUGGUCAAGCAGCAGCUGACUGUUUAAUUAUGAAUCACCCACAGACGUCUGUUGCUGAUCAGUUUAAAACCUCAUGAACAGCCCAGCACAGUGCCAGAAAGGUAAAGGAGACAAG